ACCACUUUGAGUCUCAAAACAAAGCAAGAAAUUGGUUAAAGGCAGCCAAGUAUAUUUUUCCUCAGUAUCACCAUUACUCAGCAUGGUUCAUGGGAAGAAGUUGGCCGUGGACGUGCUGCUGCCUUCUGUGCUGGAGGACGAUGACGCAGAAGCAGAAAGUGAGAAGCUGCAGCUGGGAGAGCGGAGAGCGAGCCGGACAGGGGUCGAUGUGCGUGGGCCAAAGGACCGACGCUCGAGUCCUGACGGGAAUGUGCUAGACGGAGGUGAAAGCGAGGGUGAAGAGGAGGAGGAGGAGGAGGAGGAGGAAGAGAAUGAAGAGGAGGAGCUCGGAGGAGAGGAGCGUGUGAUCUCUGAUGAGGACUACGACACAGACUUGGAGCUCGGAGAUAAGGAGGAGGCGUACGACCCGACGGGGCAGACGAGCUACAUGGAGGCGUGUGAAGCGUUACAGGUGGCGCCUGCCUCUUACUUCCUGCGGCACAUGAAGAACAGCGAGAUGUCCAUGAUGCAUCGCGGUCUGGGGCCUCAGGGCACCAAAGCACUUGCAGUUCCCCUGGUAACCAACACUUCAAUACUCAGGCUGAACCUGCGAGAUAAUUGGAUGGAAGGAAUGGGCGGAGCUGCUAUAGCCGAGAUGUUAAAAGAAAAUUGUUACAUUACAGAAGUGGACCUAUCCGACAACAACCUUGGGGAUCAUGGGGCCAGAGCCUUCGCCGGUAUGCUUAAAGAGAACAUCAGCCUGCUGAGCCUCAAUCUGUCAGGAAACCAUUUCACAGACCGUUCGGCUGAACACCUCGGCCCGGCGUUGAUCUCCAACGCCAAGCUACAGCACCUCGACCUCAGCCACAACGCUCUGGGAGAUCGCUCAGGCCAAAACCUUGGAGACUCUCUGUCAGAGAACACAGGGUUGAGAUCACUAAGUCUGGCCUGGAACUGCAUUCGAGGGAGAGGAGCUGUGAUGUUGGCCAAUGGCCUUGGGGGAAACAUUUUCCUCAGAACAGUGGAUCUGUCUUUUAAUGGGUUUGGUAAAGAAGGAGCCAUUGCUUUAGGACAGGCUCUGAAAGAGAAUGCUGUUAUGGAGGAGUUGAAUGUGAGUAGCAACCGAAUCCCCCCUGAAGGAGCCAUCCACCUAGCCAUGGGCCUCAAAGUAAACAAGACAAUCAAAUCCCUGAAUAUGGGGAGGAACCCCAUCCAGAAUGCUGGGUGCUAUGGGAUCCUCAAGUCUCUACAAGAAAACCCAGAUUCCGCCAUGGAGAAGUUAGACUUUUCGGACAUCACAGUGAACCAGGAUUUUGAAGAUUUGUAUACGGCAGUGAAAGAAAUAUUCCCUGUGCUUACAGUAAAUCAUGGGGGCAGAAUUGGCGCAUUCAGAAAAGCCAAAGCUUGAAGAAUUUUACUGUAAUUGGUGUACUUUCAUGCCAGGAAAUAUGGAAGGAGUCUUGUCAA